UCCUGUUAUUAUUUCUGGGGGUCCAACUGCUGCUUAUGGGCGCGUUCCUCUACCAAAACCCCCACUGCCACGGCUUCAUCUCAUUCUUGCGCUUCCUAAUACAAGACAGGCCAGAGAUGAGAGAAGAGCUGCCGUUUUUGGUUCAGGUGUCUUCUCCAGGAAUCCGUUACUGGGAUGUGUACUCCAACCUCAGCCAGAUCCACCCUGUGGACAUCAGUGAGGAGGAUCUGCCCAACUGUCCCAUCGUCUCACCCUACAUCAAUGGCCCCUUGAAGGUAAUGAUCCCGGAAAACCUGACGAUGGAGCAGGUGGUGGAAAAGAACCCACUGGUGGAGCUGGGAGGCCAGUACCGGCCACCUGACUGCUGGACACAGCACCACACGGCGGUAGUGGUGCCCUACUAUGGGCAAGCCCAGCACCUGCGGGACCUGCUCUUCCACCUGCACCCCUUCCUGCAGCGCCAGCAACUGCACUAUGCCAUCUACGUGGUGAACCAGGUGAACAACACUGCCUUCAACCAAGGCAAGCUACGCAAUGUGGGGUUCCGGGAGGCCAUGCAGGAGGAGGACUGGGACUGUAUCUUCUUCCACGAUGUGAACCUACUCCCAGAGGACGACCGUAACCUCUACAUCUGUGACAUCUUCCCUGCCCAUGUGUCCGUGGCCAUUGACAAGUUCAACUACAAGCUGCCCUACCGAGGCUACCUUGGAGGGGUGUUUGCUCUGCGCCCCAUUCACUACCUGAGGAUAAAUGGCUUCCCUAACACAUACUGGGGCUGGGAGCGUGAGGAUGAUGAUAUCGCUGCCAGGCUGAAACUAAGUGGGAUGCUCCUCUUACGGCCCCAUCUGCUCUUUGGCCGCUACCACAUGCUGGAGGAGGGUCAGGACCCCAGCCACAAGCAGAGGCCCCAGAGUCCUGGCCUUCUGGCCCGGAUCCACCGCAGGUGGCGACAUGAUGGCUUCAACUCAUUGGGCUACAGGCUCCUUUCCAAGGAGCUGCAGCCCCUCUACACCAACCUCACUGUGGACAUCAACUUCCCAGCCCCAUGAGCCCCAGUGCCAGGGUGAGGUAUCUGGAGGCCCAAAUGGAAUCCCUGGGACUAGG